GAGGAGGAGAUGCACUGCAAUACUUAAGUUUGCUGAAAAUAAACUUUUUUUUUUGCUGAGUUUAGUUGUAUUGAUUAAGGUUUUAAAUUAGUACUAAAGACUGGCACCCAUAACCAGUAAAGUUUCUUUAAAGAUUGUACAUUAGCUUAGCGUAGUUACACUCUCUUGAUUGAAUGUAGCAAAUACAAGUGUUUUUACGCCUCUUUGUGGUCACCAUGUGAAGUGUGAACACUGGGAGGCCACAUGACAGCAGCAUCCGUUCUGAGAAGGAGAGGCUCAGUGGGGGAAAUAACUUAACGACUAAAAUAAACAUGUUUGUGGCUCGUAGCAUUGCAGCAGAUCACAAAGAUCUAAUCCACGAUGUUUCCUACGAUUUUCACGGCCGGAGAAUGGCAACGUGUUCAAGUGACCAAAGUGUCAAGGUUUGGGACAAGAGUGAAAGUGGGGAGUGGCACUGCACUGCCAGCUGGAAGACACACAGCGGGUCAGUAUGGAGGGUGACAUGGGCCCACCCUGAGUUUGGACAGGUGCUGGCCUCCUGCUCCUUUGACCGAACAGCCGCUGUGUGGGAGGAGAUAGUUGGGGAGUCUAAUGACAAACAGAGGGGGCAGAGCCACUGGAUAAAGAGGACGACUCUGGUGGACAGCAGGACGUCGGUGACGGACGUGAAGUUUGCUCCGAAACACAUGGGUCUGAUGCUGACCACGUGCUCAGCAGACGGGGUGGUGAGGGUCUACGAGGCUCCAGACGUGAUGAACCUCAGCCAGUGGUCCCUGCAGCAUGAGAUCUCCUGUAAACUCAACUGCUCCUGUAUCUCCUGGAACCCCUCCAGUUCUCGCGCCCACCCUCCCAUGAUAGCAGUGGGAAGUGAUGACAGCAACGUGAUGUACGGUGGGAAGGUUCAGAUCUACGAGUACAAUGAAAACACUAGGUCAUAUAUGAAAACACAGACAUUGAUGACGGUGACUGAUGCGGUGCACGACAUAGCCUUCUCCCCUAACCUGGGGCGGUCCUUCCACGUGCUCGCCAUAGCAACCAAAGAUGUUCGGAUCUUUAAGUUGGUACCUUUGCGUAAGGAGAGCAGCUCAACAGGCCCUACUAAAUUUGAGGUUCAGAUCGUGGCCCAGUUCGACAACCACAACUCCCAGGUGUGGAGAGUCUCCUGGAACAUCACUAGCACCUUGCUGGCCUCCUCAGGAGACGACGGCUGUGUCCGACUCUGGAAAGCUAACUAUAUGGACAACUGGAAGUGUACAGGCAUCCUGAAGGGAGACGGAAGUCCAGUCAACGGGUCGUCAGGACAACCCGGUGCCAUGAAUACUAUGGUGGGGUCCACUGUCCAGACCUCCCAGAAUGCACUGAACGGCUCUGCUGCAGGAAGGUAUUUCUCCCCUCUGGAUGCCCCCAGGGCAGGGUCCAGGUACGGCCACCUGCUGCCCCCCUUCUCUGAUAGAGCACUCUGAUGCCCAGUUCAGCCCCCACAGCCAGCUCCCCCAGUCCCCCAUGGCCAUCCAUGGCCAGCCCCCCAAUCCCCUCUGUCCCUGCACAGACUGUACUCACACUCUAGAGCCCUCACCACCCUGCCUGAACACGACUGACCCUCUAGA